CCAUGUCAGCGUAGUUGUCUCCCUUCCUCUUAGCUAUACUGUUGUAUUUGUCACAUGUUAAACAGUGUUUCAAAUGUAAAUAGUACCGUUGAGUUAAAUAAAGCGGAACAAUAUCUCUCUUCCUGUUGAAGGAACACAAUAGUUCGGCGCUUGAUAACAUUUCCUAGUUGUAAGUGAGAGUUGGUGGCGGGAAACAGCUCGUGUUGUUUUCUACUCGCGGACUGUGCUGAUGUUUACAUUUGAUAGAUCUACUUGGCUAUGGAAGAGUGAACAAAAUAGUUCAGAUUUGUACACAUAUAUGACUAUUGGAUUACAGCCCCUGUAUCUAGUGACUCCUCUAGUGAGCCUUGGUAUGCAACUAUUAACUUGAAGCAGGACAUUACUGGAUAACAACAUUGUACACGCUGCAAUGUUUUCAACCCUGCGUCUUUAUCCUGCGUAAAAACGAAUGUGUUGAAAAUGUCGUCGUUGCUUAGUAACCAUUUAAACAACUCGACAGCGACUUACCAUAUUACCACCAGCAGUAAUCUGUCAUGGAAUUCUAGUCAAGAUGGAUUCCUACCCCCUCAGGCCCACUAUGGCAAGACAGUGGCGGUACCUGCCAUUAUGUUUUGUGUGGGUGUAGUCGGCAAUCUGGCCGCUCUACUUAUCCUGACCUUCAAACCAAGCAAAGACAGUAGACCGUUACAGAUGAGGUCCACAGCGUUUUAUCACCUUGUGAAAGCCUUGGCUAUAAUGGAUCUCUUUGGAAUUGUGGCCUCGUCCCCUGUUACAAUGGUGGUGUAUGCCCAAGGAGGUGUUCUCAAGACAGGCGGGAUGCCUCUGUGUGACUAUUUCUCCUUUAUUCUUGUGAUGGCUGGCAAUGCGACUGUCUUUAUAGUUCUUGUCAUGGGGAUAGAGAGAUUUCUGGUCACGGAAUUUCCUUUCCAGUACAGUAAACUGGUCACCCCAUUCACUGUCAACAUGAGUAUAGCUGUGGUCUGGCUCAGCUCAGUUCUUAUCGCCAUACUGCCCAUCGUUGGCAUGGGCCGCAAUGUUGAACGCUAUCCUAAUACCUGGUGCUUCUUUGACGACCGUGGUACUGAUGUUGGAGGGCAGUUACUUAGUUACUUCUACGCCAUAAUUGGAUUGCUGUCUAUCGCCAUAACCAUUGUUCUCAACCUGAUAGUAAUACAACAUCUCUGGCGAAUGCGAAGAAGCAGAUUAUCAACUUCCAUAAAGUUAAAGGAUUCGUCUCCCGAAGCGACCAGGAAACGUUUUCAUUACAGAUUAGACAGCGAAACUAGGAUGGUCAUUUUCCUUAUGGCCAUUAUCGUUGUCUUCACUGUUUGUUACGCCCCCUGGAUGUUUCGAAUUUUGGUAAAUCAGAAGUACAACACUGGCCCUUCCAAAGUGCCAGAAACGGAAGACUACAUUGACAUGUGGGCACUUCGACUGGCAAGUCUGAAUCAAAUCCUUGACCCCUGGGUCUACAUCAUUAGUAGGGUGACCUGCUGUAGCAGUCGCAAAUUAAGUGACAGAAGCUAUACCAGUGAGAUCAAGAAAAAAACAAACGCCAGCCCAGUGCAGCAACUUUUGAUCAGAAAUGAACACGUGGACAAUGACACGUUGUCCUUGACCCAGCAACCUCCUGACCAACCUAAAGCUACUAACUUAGACAGGCUGGUUUGACCACUUCUACACCAGCCACGCUUUACAAAACUAUGAAAUUGAAUUUGAACUGGCUAUAAGCCUUUAACGGAUCUCUCGAGAGCGACCAGUUUUACAAAGUCUGGGUAGCCACUAAUCACUUAUACUGUUUGAUGAAGAGUAUCUGGUACAUUCAUACGACAACAUGAGUGCAGUACCAGUUAUGAAACUCUAAAUAGCUAAUUAUAUUUCAUACAAAGAUCAUGGUUCAUUUCAAAAUAGUACACAUUCUAUUUGAUCGUACAUUAAUAUCAAAUAAACUCCAAUCUGGAACAAAGGCAAUUUGAAAUUAUUUCACCGCCAAACAGACAGUAAAUGCCUCUGCAAUGUAAUGACAAAGAGCUAAUUGUAGAUCCAUCUUCUUGCUUAAACUAAGGCAUUUAAUCAUCAUUUGCAACGCAUGCGCGCACAAAUAUAGCUUUAAAAUGACUCAUUCAACAGUCUGUUAAUGAACAUAAAAUAUAACAGAGGCUUGAUAUGCUUUGUUUAUACAUCACCAACAUAUUCCUGAAGACGAGACCAACUGAAAGCUUACUAAAGCUUAGUUCGGCUACUCCUCAUAUCUGGAUAUAUUAGUAUUACACUGACAAACAGGCUAUAGCUUUAGCAUUGUUUUUAUUGGAUUGUUUUAUGAUGAUAAAUGUUUCACUUUUUGAUGCUCCUUUAGUUGAUAUGUCUUGGAAUAUGAACAUUGACAUGUUGUCACGUCCAUUGUCUUCAAACAGUUCAGCCAAGUCUUACACAUGCUGUUUUAUUCUCCAUCUAAGUUCUUUGAGUCUCUCUUCACUUUUUCUGUAUUAUGAUAUUGUUACAUUUGCCAAAAAUGAAUACAUCUGUAUUGAUCUAAUUUAUUGUUAUGUUUACACUGUCAAUUGCAACCUUUGAGUAUAACAUGAAUGAAGGCUUGAUGAGUCUUGGAGGAGCCGCUGCAAUGGGGAAACAAAGUUGUAUAAACUUCUAGCCAAAUCUUUGGAUAUAUUGAGACACGUUCUAAAAGAAUGGCUUGACAUAUAUCCAGGUGCUGUGGACAGCUGUACAAUGAGAGAUAGGGGAGAUUUCAAAAUGUCAACAAAACAAAAUUCUUUUUGAUUCUUUUUAACUUUGUCUUCUUCAGCGGACACGCAACUGAUUUGUUUUUUAAGUUGAUGUCGUUUAUUAUGUUGGGAGAGGGCCGUGGUGGCUGAGGGGUCAAAGGCUUUUCUUCCUAACCAGAGACUGACGGGUUCGAAUUCCGUCGAAUACUUGACAUUAGUUGGGUAAAUUAAAGGUUGUUGGUCGUUGUGCUGGCUACAUAACACCCUCGUUAACCGUCGGCCAUAGAAACAUAUGAUCUUUACAUCAUCUGCAAGUUCUGAAAAGGAUAGCCUACUUAACUUACUUUUUUAAAUUGUAUCUUACUAUGUUGAGGUGAUUUAAAGUUAGUGAUGGCUGUAUGCUUUUGUUUACGUACACAGCGUACAGGAGCAAAGUUCUUUGUCUGAUCUUGGUCUCAUUGACAUACAAACUGUGUUUUAUUCUCCGCCAAAUGCUGUAUAUUUUAUUGUAUUUUUUUACUAAUGUUUUCAAUAAAGCAAUACUCGAUUUCAUAGGAAACUGA